AUGCUCUUCCAACAGCUCGCACUUCUCAGCGCCAUCGCAGCCACCACCGCUGCCGUUGGCGUCAGCGAGAAGGACGUCCCCCUCGAGUGCCGUGCGGUCUGCGCUAGCCUUGUAUCUACGACACAGCAGUGCGACUUCCAAACCAACGACGAUCUCGCAGAACUCUCUUGCAUCUGCAACAGCUCGAACGCUGGCACUAUCAUCCCAGCAUGUGACGCCUGUGUCGCCCAGUUCCGAAGGCCAGAUGACCGCGAUGGCCGUGACGACCGUGAUGACCGCCCGGACCGUGAUGACCGCCCAGAUCGCGACGACGACCGCGACGACCGCGAUGACCGUGACGACCGCCCAGACCGCGAUGACCGUCCCGACGUCGGAGAUGUGCGCGAACUUCUCACUCGCUGCAAUAUGAGCACCACUGCUUACAACAGCGCCAUUCUCUCCAGCUUUCCCACGCCCACGGGAGGUCCAGGAGGCCCAGGUGGCCCUGGAGGCCCCAUCGUUGUGACUUCCGGUACUGCCGUGGUUACACUGCCCCCUCCCCCUCCAACUGGCGGUCCUAAUGGUAACGGUCAAAACGGCGGCAACGGUCAGGGUGGCAACGGUCAGGGCGGCAACAACAACAACCGACCUUUGCCUGUUGCUCAGCAGGGCGCUGCGCCGGCUCAGACUGCAACCGUUGGUGCUGCUCUUGCUCUUGGUGCUUUCGGUAUGGUUAUGGCACUUUUGUAA